UUAAGCGGACCCAUUUAAAAAGUGGGGAUUUAUCGACAGUAUUGGGGCCUUAUAAAUAUCAUGUAUCAAAUUCGAUACGUUCGCUUUAAUCUUCAAUUCGGAAUGUAUAAUUAAUUUAUUCUGAAGGAUGUAUUUUAGUUGAUAUUUCUGGAAACGGUAAAAUGUUCUAAUUUUAUUGCGGGGAACAGCUGCGAUUUCCAGCUGCUUCAAGAAUUGGAAUGCAAGAUCAAAAUGGAGGCAGUGCCAGAUAGAUCGAUAUUGCUCCGUAAUGUCACGUAUUGUUGCUGAUUCUUUUGCUUGUCGCAUAUUAAACAGAGCAUGGAAUGGAUGGAUCGUGUCCGCUACUCCUUCCAUCCUUUGGGGAAAAGGGUAACUCCGAAAGAGAUAAUGUAUAUUCACCGCAAAAAGUGGGUCUAUACAGACCAACUUCGGAUGCAAUUGACUUAGGAUAUCAUACUUUAGACAAUAAUACCUGCCGUUCUACAUCUUCAACAAUUGCAAUAUCAGUUCCAAUUAGACAGCAAACUUUGUUGCAACAAAAGUGCAUCUAUGUUACGGAUCUAUGCCAGCUAGAUGAUACUUUAUUACUGAAGAUAUUCAGUUGGCUGGGUACUAGAGACCUCUGUGCAAUUGCUCAAACUUGCAGACGUCUGUGGGAGAUAGCGUGGCAUCCAUCUCUUUGGAAAGAAGUAGAAGUACGCUAUCCCCAAAAUGCAACCAUUGCGUUAAAUGCCUUGACCAGACGAGGAUGUCACACGUCCAUUCGUCGUCUCAUACUCGAAGGUGCUGUCGGUUUGGCUGGGAUUUAUGCUCAGCUGCCUUUCUUGAGUUUAACUUCUUUAGUUUUGCGACAUUCGCGACGUGUUACUGACACAAACGUCGCUGCUAUUUUGGAUCACUGUAUACAUCUGAAAGAACUAGAUUUAACAGGAUGCGUUGGCGUUACGAAAGCGUGCAGUCGAAUAACAACGUUACAGUUACAGUCGUUAGAUCUCAGCGAUUGCCAUGGUCUAGAAGAUUCUGGCUUGGUAUUGACGCUUUCUCGCAUGCCACAUCUUGCUUGUUUAUAUUUACGACGAUGUGUGCGUAUAACCGAUGCCAGUCUCGUAGCGAUCGCUUCUUACUGUGGCAGUUUAAGGCAAUUGUCUGUCUCUGAUUGUAUAAAGAUCACAGAUUUCGGAGUGCGCGAAUUAGCAGCACGACUUGGUCCGUCCUUACGUUAUUUCUCAGUAGGAAAAUGUGAUCGUGUAUCGGAUGCUGGCCUGUUUGUCGUUGCUAGACAUUGUUACAAGUUGAGGUAUCUUAAUGCUCGUGGCUGUGAAGCACUUAGCGACAGUGCUACGUUAGCUUUGGCGCGUGGUUGUCCACGGUUAAGAGCUCUCGACAUAGGAAAGUGUGAUAUUGGUGAUGCAACUCUCGAGGCUCUCUCUACGGGUUGUCCAAAUUUAAAAAAAUUAUCCUUGUGCGGUUGCGACCGCGUCACGGAUGCUGGAUUGGAAGCAUUGGCAUAUUAUGUACGAGGAUUGCGGCAACUGAAUAUUGGUGAAUGUCCUAGGGUUACUUGGGUUGGAUAUCGAGCAGUAAAACGUUAUUGUCGUAGAUGCAUCAUAGAACACACUAAUCCUGGUUUCUCAAGCUGAGUUUUCUAAACCAUUUCUCGCUUAUCAAUCUAUUUAUUAACAACUCUUACAUUGUCAUUCGUCUAGACGCUAAUUUGUAAAAAGAUAAAUACCCAGCAAUUGUGAAAAUAUGUAUACAUAUAUAUCGUAGGCUAUGCUGUGAGUCGUAUGGGUGUAUAUGUGUAUGUAUUUACAUACGCCUCUAUAUAUAUGCAUAUAUACAUACAUAAUAUAUGUUUUGUAAUUCCCAAAUAUCCUUGCUAUUUAUUGAUUUUAUAAUGUAAUACGUGAAAGUAAUCUUUCGAAUUUCAUGUAUUUUGUAUAUUUAUUUUAUAAAUAAAACGUUUCGAAAUUUUAUAAGA